ACUAUCGAGCUAUAGAUACACUGCUAGAAGCCUUCACUCAUCGGUUGGCGACACCUCAGUUGUCUGCUCUACUCUCAUUUCUUGUGACUAGAGCCUUUGGAAUUCCCACUCAUCUCUCACCCACCCUCACCUAGCCUAACUAUCUAUCUUUACUCAGAUCCCUUUUAUCCGAUAUCUUUAAAUCAUAUUUAGUUUACUCUGACCUUGCAAUGGGAAAGAUGCCUUCUAAUCGGCCGAAGAAGCGUACUCUUGUACGCUGGGAUGAGAACCUGGACGAAUUACUUCUUCUUACAAUUCAAUCCGUUUGUAACACCCAAUCGGUCAAAAUACCAUGGAGUAAUGUGGCAAAGACGAUGGGGAACAACGUGACUGAGGGCGCGAUUGUACAGCACCUAGCUAAGCUUCGCACUCGUCGAGCUGCAGCAGGUAAAGACGUUCCUCCGCCUCUCAAGAGAGGGUCUACUGGAGGAUCGGGCAAAUUCUCAGAGGUAGUGGCAGCCAGAGUCAAAAAACAUACAACUCCGAAGAGGCUGGUUGACAACGCGAGUGCUUCCGACGAAGAGUGGCAGGAACAUCGCACCCCAGCAAGAUAUGAUUCCUCUUUGAAGAGAAGAAAGAUAGAAUAUCAAGAUAUAGAGGCUGCGGGACUGGAACCGGAGUACGAUUCAGACGAGAGCGAUGAGAGUAUCGAAGAAUUGCUGGUCCCUGGGGCCAAGUUCCUCGAAUUUCUCGACUUCCCGACUCAUAAGACACAGGGGACAGCAUCCUCUCGUUCAGCAAGCCCAGAGGGACAGAAAAGCAACGUCAUUGUGCUCAAGUAUAGGAAACCUCUGGUUAGGACAUGCGAUGAGGUCCCCCAAAUCACUAGAAAGACAGAGGCUAAAGAAGCGAACAUCUACGAAACACUUACCAACCAGUUGCCUUGCCAAUACGCCCCGACCGAUGGUGGCCUUUCGUUUAGACAGAAUGCCAUGGGAGUGUCUAAUCUCACUGCUAGCCAUGAGACCAGUGGCAAUUAUAUUCCUUUCCCGGAUCCUAGCAAGGAUCAACUAGGCAAUUUGUGCGACAGCGUGCCUUUUGGUCUCACGUCUGCAGACCCUAUACAAGAAUCUGUUUGUAUGAACCAAAUGGAUUUGUCAACGGAUUUCUUUGGAGGAGCUUUCGACUUCUCUCACUUUCCUAGCGAGACCUACGAGGAUAUGAGAAAGUUACCCGCUUGGAGUGUAUCCUACGACGACUUGAUGUUCCAGGCAGCUGUGCUGAGUGAGCUUUUACUGCCUUUCUCGCCUCCAAUUGAUCAUUUCCCUCCUAAUGCCAUCUAUGACCCAUAUACCUUGGGAUUUCUGACGCUUCGUACACGAUAG